AUGCAGGAAGUCUCUGCCGAACUCCAGCAGCAGCUACAGGCGCUGGGCAUUAAUCCGUCCGACGACGUCUUUCGCACGGGCUCGGAAGAGUUUGAUCACAAUGGACUGAGCUCCCCGAUUCCACAAGAAGUGCGCUUCAUGAACGCUGAGCUGCGACGCUGCCCCGUGGAAGGCGUCGGGAUGGUGCUUGCUGUCUUUUCCGGGUCCGGUGCAGUGUACGAAUUCGUGCGCACGCUGCGAAAGUGUAUCUUUGGAAAAGUCAAGCACGCGGUGCGUCUGCAGAUGACGCCGAAUGGAUCGUUUGUGCGCACGCAGCACGAGGUCGCUAUCAAGGUCAUGAGCAAGGUAAUCAUAGAGGAGGGAAAUCUUCAAGAGAACCCGCUUGUCGAACUUGCCGCGCAACAGCAUCUGUCAGUACCUGGCCAUGAAAAUGUGCUUACGCUGAUCGAGUGCUUGCAUGACGCUGACUUCAUCUAUGCGGUGCUUCCGUUUUGUAACGGUGGUGAAUUGUUCUCGAUAGUGGAGAGUGGUGGCGCUAUGGAAGAAACGGAGUGUCGCCACUGGUUUACCCAAGUUCUGGCAGGCCUUUCUUACUUGCAAAGCCGCUACAUAUGCCAUCGUGACAUGUCCUUGGAAAAUGUGCUGCUAGAUGGCGAUACUUCGAAGAUUAUCGACUUUGGCCUCACCAUCGGUAUUCCCGUCGAUUCACAUGGCAUGACGUACUCACUGCCGCCUGCUGGCGCUGUCGGCAAGAUCUUUUACAUGCCCCCUGAGAUUUACCGUAAUCAGGUCCCCUUUAACGGCUUCUCGGCCGAUGUUUGGUCAACGGGCGUCAUGCUUUUCAUCAUGGUAACGGGCGCACCACCUUUUGAGCGACCAGACGACGCAGACCCGCGAUUCCAGAUGAUUGCGAAGGGUAACAUGAAUGAAAUGUUAGAUUCGUGGGGAAUGGAUCACGUUUCUGCGGGUGUGCGUGACUUGAUGUCGAAAAUGCUGGUUGUGGACGAUCCGUCGCGGCGUCUGACUGUAGAGCAGAUUGCCGUGCAUCCGUGGAUUCAGGGCGGAUAG